GUUGCUCAGACUCACUGCCCAAAGCCACAACCCACAUUACAUUACCAACUCUUCUUUCUCUCUCUCUCUCACACACACUGUUUCCCUCUUGGACUCUGCAAACUUAAUUAGGUUUUUGCUUCUCAAAUCUCUCUUCCCAUUUUCCUCAACCACGAACCCUCCUCGCAGCAGCUAUGAGUGAGCAGAUAUGGUUGAGUAGAACUGUCUUACACCAAAAAGAAACCAUAUUCUUUUAAUGAAAUCAGAUGUUUGAUCAAGAAUCAUGAACAUGAUGGCUACAUUGAAGAAGCAAAGAGGAGGCUGAAAAUAUCUAUUCUGUGAACAAAGUUUUAUUCAUCCUGUGCAUUGGAGUGAUAAGAUUACAGUAUGCAGACCCAAAAGGCAAGAAAUGGAUCUCCAGAUGUUCCUAAGAAGGUGUCUCCUCGAGCUUCUCGAUCACUGAAGAUAGGAUCGCUAGAGUCUGAAUCCUCUUCACCUCCUGUCUCAGCUAAUAACAGAACACCAAAGGAUAAAAGUCCAAAAGUUCUGGACCGUAGGUCUCCACGAAGCCCUGUCUCUGAGAAGAAGAGGCCGAGUAGAAUAACGGAGCUAGAGUCGCUAGUAUCACAGCUUCAAGAGGAGCUAAAGAAGGCGAAAGAUCAAAUCUCAGUGUCUGAAACAUCAAAGAAGCAAGCAGAGGAAGAAGCAGAGAGGUCCAGGAAAGAGCUGCAAGAAGUUUCCUCUAAGCUUGAGGAGAACCAGAAUCAGUUUUUUGAAGUUUCACCCUUGGAAGAAGAAACCGAUAAUACCUAUUCUCUUGUUCACCAAGGUAUUAUAUCUCAGGAGUGCGAUUUGGAGUUUAGUGCUACCGCUGGUGAAAGAGCAGGAUUGGCUGCUGUUGCUCAUGAGAUCCGACAGCUCAAGCUUCAGAUUGAGAUGGUGGCUUCUUCUGAAGCUGGUCAUGUGAAACAAGCUGAGUUGCAUAACUCGGAGGUACGACUUUUGAGAGGAAACUUGAUGGACACGAUUUUCCUUGUCGAGAGUUUCAAGAACCAACUUACGAACAACUGUGAGGUAUCAGAAGCUGAGACCGAGGCUAUGGCCACUGAAACUCUUAGGCAAUUGGAGAAUGCGAAAAAGGCAGUUGAAGAACUGAAGUCAGAUGGCACAAAAGCGGUUGAGAGUUACAAGAAGAUGGCGGUGGAGCUUCAGCAGUCAAAAUCAAGGAUGGCGUGGCUUGAAGCUCUUGUGAAUAAACUUCAGACCAGUCCAGAGGAUUUGGAAAACCACGAAACCCUGCUUAAAGACUAUGAAAGUUUGAAACGUGGGGAAUCAAAUGAGAUGGAGGAAGAAGUAUCUUCCUUAAGAUGUGAGGUAGAGCGACUGAGAGCGGCUCUAGAAGCUUCUGAUCGAAAAGACCAAGAGGGGAACGUAGAGGCUUCUUCUCGGUUACGGAUACAAGCUGAACUCCAAUCUGAACUAAAGAUAGCUAAAUCUGAGAUAGACGAGCUAAAGGCGAGGUUGAUGGCCAAGGAAACAGAGCUACAGUUUAUUUCAGAGGAUAGAGACAACCUAUGCCAAAAACUGAUAAAGAACCAGAAAGAGAUAGAUGUUGAAGCUGAGCUGAAGAAACUAAGGGAGGGGAUCGAGAAUUUAAAGGCAGAUUUGAUGGAUAAAGAGACAGAACUCCAGAUUGUAUCAGAUGAGAACGAGACACUGAAGUCAGAUAUCCACAAGAGAGAGACAGAUGUACAAGAUGCAUUCAUGAAGCUAGGGAUUGCAAUGGAAGAGGCUGACAAGAGUAGCAAGAGAGCAGUUAGAGUCACGGAGCAACUAGAGGCUACUCAAACUUCAAACUCGGAAAUGGAAACAGAACUCAGGAAGCUUAAAGUUCAAUCAAACCAAUGGAGAAAAGCUGCUGAAGCAGCUACCGCCAUGCUGUCUGCUGGAAACAACGGGAACUAUAAUCAAACGAACUCUCCUUACUCUGAGGAUAUCGAGGAUGAGUUGACGAAGAAGAAGAAUGGGAAUGUGCUCAAGAAAAUUGGUGUUUUGUGGAAGAAGCCUCAGAAAUAGCUGAAGAAUGACUAAUAUAAUUAGGUACUGUCGAUAUGGAGUUGGAUUAUAAGAGCAACUCCUGUGACUCCGGUAUUGAUGUGAAUUAGUAGUAGUAUGAGAACUAUGCUCUGGAAAAAUACUUGUUGGAAAGAUUUUAAGCUAAGUUGUGGUAAUUUGACUAUUAUGUUACGUUUCUCCA